AUGUACAAGAAACGCUUCGCCAAAUGGGGAUUCCAGAAGAAUGCUCGCCGAGACCGGCACGGCAAGGAUCUUGCGUCGCGAGAUUCGCUGCCAUCAACGGCUCUAAUCAAGGCCACCACAGUCCCAAGGACACCUCGCGUUCUUCAUCUCAGUACCUCGGACGCGGCCCAAGUGGCUUUCCUGUCCAGUAUCAGAAAUUGGACCAUUGCCUUUUUUGACAGGGACGAACCUGACACGGCUGGAUAUUCGCUGCCAUCGCCACCAGAGCCUUCGAAUCUCUCCUCCGAAUCACCUUCCAAGCCCCCACCGCGCGAUUUGAGCAACCCAGAGCAGCUGAGUUUCGCUUUCAGACUCAUACUGGGCCUCCUAGAUCGCGAUAAGGGCGUCUUGGCCGGCCGCCUAGCUCGCAAGGUCUUCCUCCAGGCCGAGACUCUCCUCGAUGCAGAAGGACCCCUCUUCGUUUGGAAUACCCUCGAGAUCUUCCAUAAUAUCACCGUCCUUCGCAAGUCCAAUCUCGGCCAGAUACUGCUACACCACCUGAUAAGCCUCGCCGGCGAUCGACCGGUGUCAAAGGUACUUCUCAAACUGCGUGAGCUGCUGCAAGCCUGGCGGCGCGACGGCGUCGGUGCCCGGCCAGAGGCGCUCGAGCGGGCGUGGGCGAUAAAUGCGGAUCUGACCUUCGCCCGCUUCGAUCCGCAGUACCUACUGCUCUAUUACCAACUCGUCUGGGACUCGGAUAUUGUCAAACUCGGUCCGCACAUCGCGCGUCACUCGGACAAGUGGUAUGCGAAGAUCCAUGACAAGGUCAGCAGAACACGGGGCGAAGAAGACGUCGAAACAGCAGCCGAGAAGCUCUGGCCGAAGCAGCAGCUGAUGCCCGACGAAAUCGACAUUCACGGCGGCGGAGUUCCGCAGCCUGCCAACUUGGACCAGCUGAAGAAAGAAACUCUUGCCGGGGUCAGUCGAAUGCUCCACGAGGUUCCCGCCGACUCGCCGAUGCGGGUUCGUGUGCUCGCGGCUCUGUUAAAAAGUCAAGUGCUUCACGAUGAUGUCGCCAUGCCGGUCCAUCCCGGCGUGGAUAUCUCCCGCUUGCAAGCCCGCAUUAUGGCUUAUAUCUUCAGAAUCAUGAUGGACGUUGAGGAUCAAAGGAGGGGAGGCGUCGACUCUGCACCUGACAGGAUGAGAGCCAUACUGGCUCUCAGAGAGUACGGUCAAGGUCGCUUAGGCUCUCAGCUUGUGUUCGAGAUGUGGCAGCUUGAGGACUUGCUUAUCCGCGCCGGACGAGCCGAGGAGGCGGUAGAGCUGCGCGCAGAGUCGUAUAGGCGACUUGAAGAGUUCCUGGCCGACGUCCAGGAUGACUUGGGCUCCUGA